AUGCAGGACCUGACCGCGCCCGCCACCGAACGCCUGCUGGCCGACGACACGCCCUCGUGGAAGACCGCCCACCCGCUCUUUCCCCCCCUCCCCGUCUACGGCCCUCCCUCGUUCCUCGCCUCCCUCCAAUACCUUUUCCUCCGCACCGUCUCCUUCGUGCUGUCGCUGGCCUUCCUCACCGUCGUCAUCGGCGCCGCCCUCGUCCACACUGCCAGCACAUCCGUCUCGCUCCUCCGCAUUGGUCGGCAAUUCCCCGCGGAAGAGCGGUCACGGCGGCUGGAGCGCCACCGGGCCUUGCGCCGCUGGAGCUCCCGCGACGACGAAUACAAGGAGGCGGACGAGGCCGGGCGCGACCUGUGUCCGCCGCUCGAGGGCGGGAAGGAUCCGCUGGUCUGCGACGUGGCGUACUACGCGCGCCGUGUCGGGCUGGACGUCGAGACCUUCAAGGUGCAGACGGAGGAUGGCUUUGUCCUGACCCUCUGGCAUGUCUACAACCCCCAGGAAUACACCCCCUUGCCGGCGAAGGCCCGCCGACCGCGCGGACCGCAUGUGUUCCAGGGCCAGACGAAUCCGGAGGCGUCGAGGUCGUCGCCGCGCAAGUAUCCCGUGCUGCUGAUGCAUGGGCUGCUGCAGAGUGCCGGGGCGUAUUGCGCCAACGACGACGACAGUCUCGCGUUUUUUCUCUGCAAGUCCGGGUAUGAUGUCUGGCUGGGGAACAAUCGCUGCGGCAUGGUCCCGGAGCAUACGACGCUGGAGACGUCGGAUCCGCGCAUGUGGACGUGGAAUAUCCGGCAGAUGGGCGUGCUGGAUCUUCCGGCGCUGGUGUCGCGGGUGCUGUUUGAGACGGGGUUCGAGAAGCUGGGCCUGGUGUGCCACUCGCAGGGCACCGCGGAGACCUUCAUCGCCCUGGCCAAGGACCAGCGCCCGGAGCUGGGCGAGCGCAUCUCCGUGUUCUGCGCGCUGGCGCCCGCGGUGUACGCGGGCCCACUGGUCGAGCGGGUGUACUUCCGCUUCCUGCGUAUCAUCCCGCCGCUGGUGUUCCGCGCCUUCUUCGGCAUCCACGCCUUCAUCCCGUUCAUGAUGACGGUGCACCGCCGGCUGCACCCGCGCGUCUACGGCACGCUGGGGUAUUUCGUGUUCGCGUUCUUGUUCGGAUGGAACGACGCGCGCUGGGACCGCGCGCUCCGCGACCGGAUGUUCCAGUUCGCGCCCGUGUACGUCAGCGCGGAGACGAUGCGGUGGUGGUUGGGCCGCGAGGGGUUUGCCACGCAGAAAUGCAUCCUGGCGACGCGCGCGGCCGGACUGGCGGAGGUCGAGGAGGACGAGGAUCGCGGCCUGCGCGGGGGCGCACAGCGCCGCGACACGGCGUGGUAUGGCCCUCAGACCCCGCCGGUCGCGCUGUGGAUCGCCGGCAACGACGGGCUGGUGGACGGGCGUCGCCUGCUGGCGCGGCUGCAGAACGGGCGCGAGCCGCACGUGCGCUUGGUGCACGCCAAGGUGGUCGACGAGUACGAGCACCUGGACGUGCUGUGGGCGAUGGACGCCAUGGAGCAGGUCGGCCAGGAGGUGCGGCAGGUGCUGUAUAUCUGGUGUAGCCUGUCAAAUCGUGUCUGGUCGAUAGUAAGAAAGAUACAGACAGUGUUGAGAAUGGUCUCGUUUAACCCCGAAACCGAUAUCCCCGAUCUCUCGGGCAGGGUGUUUCUGAUUACGGGGGGAACAGCCGGCAUCGGCAGCACCACCACCACCCUCCUGGCCACGCACACGCCCUCCAAAAUCUACAUCACGGGCCGCAACGCCUCGGCAGCAGACACCCUGACGACGCAGCUGCAACGCAUCUCCCCAACCACCACGAUCACCUUCCUCGCCUGCGACAUGACCUCGCUGACCUCGACCCAAUCCGCCGCGCACGCCUUCCUGGCCCAAGAAUCCCGUCUGGACGCCCUGAUCUGCAACGCGGGGAUCAUGGCCACGCCGCCUGGUCUCACCCAGGACGGAUACGAGGUUCAGUUCGGGGUCAAUCAUCUCGCGCACGCCUUGCUCAUCAGGCUCCUCCUCCCGGUUCUCAAGGACACGGCCGCCAGAAACAUUGCUUCUCCAUCCACAUCCACAGCUACAUCUACCCCGGAGAAUCCGAAAUACGGCGCACGAAUCAUCCUCGUCACAUCCCUCGGCUGGCAACUCCAUCCUCGCCCGCAGCCCAUCUCCUUCUCCUCGCUGCAAACAACCAUGGACUGCGGCUUCGGGGGCAGCUGGAUGCGCUACGGCCAAAGCAAACUGGCCAAUCUCCUGUACGCGCGCGAGCUCGCCUCCCGGUACGGGAGGGACGGCAUCUGGGCUGUUUCCGUGCAUCCCGGGGUCGUGCGGACGGGGCUGGUCGAGGGGCUGGGAUGGGGGAAGUACGCGUUUACCUGGGUGAGUAAUUUGGGGAGGUUUGUGGCGCCGGAGCAGGGGGGGUGGAAUUCCGUUUGGGCUGGUAGUGUGAAUCUUCCUGUUCCUGGUCUGGGGGGGGAUGGCAACGGUGGCUUUUAUGAGCCGGUGGGGGUGCCGUCGAAGACGGUGAUGGGGAAGGCCAAGGAGGAGAUGUUUGAGGCUGUGGGGCGGGAGCUGUGGGGGUGGACAGAGGGGGUUUUGGGGGGUUAUAUGUAA